UCGCGGUCCUCUGGAUUGCCGCCCCGUGGGCAGGCCGCGCGCCGAGGCUGAUUCCUCGAUUGCCGAGCCAUUCCUCCUGAGCUGCCGGCGAAACCGCGGUGCUUAUUCCUCGACAGACGCUAUGCGUCUAUUUGGGGAUUCGGGAUUCUGAGCUAUUCGAGGAAAUAAAAUCAUUGGAUUACAUCGAGAUCCAAUGAAUCUAAAAAGCGAUAAAAAGCACUAAUCUGGGAACGGAAGCCUCUAAAUCAUGAGACGUUUGCAGGAGAAAGUUCAUAUCAACAUCGUGGUGAUCGGUCAUGUCGACUCCGGGAAGUCGACGACCACCGGUCACCUCAUCUACAAGUGCGGAGGCAUCGAUAAACGUACCAUCGAGAAGUUCGAGAAGGAGGCUCAGGAGAUGGGCAAGGGAUCCUUCAAAUACGCUUGGGUAUUGGACAAGCUCAAGGCUGAACGUGAACGUGGUAUCACGAUCGAUAUCACACUGUGGAAAUUCGAGACCCCCAAGUAUUACGUGACCGUCAUCGACGCUCCCGGUCACCGAGAUUUCAUCAAGAAUAUGAUAACGGGAACUUCCCAAGCCGACUGCGCUAUUCUCAUCUGCCCCGCCGGGACCGGAGAGUUCGAAGCCGGCAUUUCCAAGAACGGUCAAACCCGUGAACACGCUCUGCUCGCGUACACUCUCGGCGUGAAGCAGAUGAUCGUCGGUGUCAACAAGAUGGACACCUCCGAGCCCCCAUACUCGGAGCCCCGUUUCGAAGAAAUCAAGAAGGAGGUCUCUUCGUACAUCAAGAAGAUCGGAUACAAUCCAGCCACUGUGCCAUUCGUUCCCAUUUCGGGAUGGUGUGGGGACAACAUGCUCGAACCUUCGCCGAACAUGACCUGGUACAAGGGAUGGGCCAUCGAGCGUCAAGGACAGAAAUUCGAGGGCAAGACCCUACUCCAAGCCCUCGAUGUCAUGGAGCCCCCGACCAGGCCGACCGACAAGCCUCUGCGUCUCCCGCUCCAAGACGUCUACAAGAUCGGAGGUAUCGGAACGGUCCCUGUGGGCCGAGUCGAAACUGGACUCCUCAAACCGGGUAUGGUGGUGACCUUCGCUCCAGCUCACAUCACUACCGAGGUCAAGUCCGUGGAAAUGCAUCACGAAUCACUCGCCGAAGCCGUUCCCGGAGACAACGUUGGUUUCAACGUCAAGAACGUCUCAGUUAAGGAACUGAAGCGAGGAUACGUCUGCGGAGAUUCGAAGGACCAUCCUCCUCGCGAGACCGAGGAGUUCGCCGCCCAGGUCAUCGUCCUCAACCAUCCCGGACAGAUCCAGAACGGCUAUUCGCCCGUGCUCGACUGCCACACCGCGCACAUCGCGUGCCGUUUCAAGGAAAUCCGUGAGAAAAUCGACCGUCGAUCCGGAAAGAAACUCGAGGACAACCCCAAGUUCGUCAAGUCGGGCGACGCGGCCAUCGUCGACCUCAUCCCCCAAAAGCCGAUGUGCGUCGAGACUUUCGCAGAGUAUCCACCGCUCGGUCGCUUCGCCGUGCGUGACAUGAGGCAAACUGUCGCCGUCGGCGUUAUCAAAGCAGUCAAGCCGAAGGAAAUCACCCACGGUAAAGUCACCAAGGCCGCUGAGAAGGCCGCCAAGAAGAAGUAACUAGGAAAGGACGAUCAGCACUUAUUACUGGACACGUACGGCUUGCCGUUGGCCAUCUGCAGGAUCUGCCGGCAUCACCCAGGUGUCCGGUCUGAGUUGGAUCUCUAUUCGAAGGAGUCACACGACGAGCUGAGCGGUCUGUGGCGUUGCGCGCGCUUCUUGCGUCGCUCUCGCUGUAGCCACCGGAAGGAGCACCAGCGGAUAGCUCUGCGUCCGCUGCGUGUUGGCUGACUCUGUUCCUAAUCCAACUAUCGUCCAACUUAAUCGUACUCCAUUGAAUAUUGUCAAUAAUGAUCGACCAUCAAUAAAUCUCCAAA